UACUCCCUCACAGUCUGUCAUACUCCCUCACAGUCUGUGAUACUCCCUCACAGUCUGUCAUACUCCCUCACAGUCUGUGAUACUCCCUCACAGUCUGUGAUACUCCCUCACAGUCUGUCAUACUCCCUCACAGUCUGUCAUACUCCCUCACAGUCUGUCAUACUCCCUCACAGUCUGUCAUACUCCCUCACAGUCUGUCAUACUCCCUCACAGUCUGUCAUACUCCCUCACAGUCUGUCAUACUCCCUCACAGUCUGUCAUACUCCCUCACAGUCUGUGAUACUCCCUCACAGUCUGUCGUACUCCCUCACAGUCUGUCAUACUCCCUCACAGUCUGUCAUACUCCCUCACAGUCUGUCAUACUCCCUCACAGUCUGUGAUACUCCCUCACAGUCUGUCGUACUCCCUCACAGUCUGUGA